UAUAUGCAACAAACUACAAAGUUGUAAUUAAUCUUCUCUCUCCUCCAUUCCAUAAUUACGGAACUCCCAAUUUUAUUUAUAUAUAUAUGUAUAUCAGUUGAUUGAUCCAUCUUGAUUCUCGAUCUCCAAUCAUUCCUACCCAAUAAACCUCCUCAAAUGUCCACUCAAUUAUCUCCCUCAUUUUUCUCCACGAACUCUAAGGAAAACUCUCUCAUUUCCUUGCACCAAAACAAUAAUGGUCUCAUUCUCUCUCCUUAACCAUUUUCUUCUUUCCCUCAUUCUGGUUCCUAAAAGCUUUACCCACCCGUGGGGUCCCUUCAAUACACCUUGGGGGACCCUUCGUUAAUGGGAUUUUCUGAACUCAAAAACUAAAUUGCUUGUAAACUAAUUAAUAAAUUAAUAUAUUUUCUGUGUCUUAAAAGAGAAAGAAAAAAUAAAAGGGGUCGUAGAAAUGAGUUGUUUUCCGUGUUUCACAUCCCAGAGGAGUAAGAAAUCGAAUUCUAGAAAUGAGAAUGGUGAAUCACGUGAAGUUAGAGGUGAAAAAUCACCUGAGAACAAGAAAGAAGAAGAAGAUAAAUAUAUCAAUGCAAAGAAUUUUACAUUCCGUGAGUUGGCAACUGCGACAAAGAACUUUCGGCAAGAAUGUCUUUUAGGCGAAGGAGGGUUUGGAAGAGUUUAUAAGGGCACAAUUCAAGCUACCGGACAGGUUGUGGCUGUUAAGCAACUCGAUAGAAAUGGAGUGCAAGGGAACAAGGAUUUUCUAUCAGAAGUUUCAACUCUAAGUCUCAUACAUCAUCCAAAUUUAGUCAAUCUUAUUGGGUAUUGUGCUGAUGGAGAUCAAAGACUUUUGGUGUAUGAAUACGUGUCUGGGAGAUGUUUAAACAAUCAUCUUCUUGAUAGGGAACCAAAUCAGAAAGUAUUAGAUUGGUUUACAAGGAUUAAAAUUGGUUAUGGAAUAGCAACAGGGUUGGAGUACUUGCAUGAAAAAGCUAAUCCUCCAGUUAUAUACCGUGAUUUAAAGUCCGCAAAUGUGUUGUUAGAUGAUGACUUGAACCCCAAGCUUUCUGAUUUUGGAUUGGCCAAUCUUGGAGGUGGUGGUGAUGCGCAUAUAUCAUCAAGGGUUAUGGGUACAUAUGGCUACUCUGCCCCAGAGUAUACUAGAGGUGGUCAGCUCACACUGCACUCUGAUAUAUACAGUUUUGGAGUUGUUUUUCUUGAGCUCAUUACUGGAAGAAGAGCUAUUGAUACUACAAGACCAAACGAUGAGCAAAAUCUAGUUUCAUGGGCGCAACCCUUCUUCCGCGAUCCUAAGAAGUUCCCAGCAAUGGCAGAUCCACUUCUUGAUGGGAAAUUCCCAGAAAAGGACUUGAAUCAAGCUGUUGCAGUAGCUGCAAUGUGCCUGCAAGAGGAACCAUCAGCUCGUCCUCUCAUUAGUGAUGUUGUAACAACUCUAAGUUUCCUUUCUACAACACCUGUUGAGUGUAGCCCUGCUCUUAUUCCUACUCCUCCUGAAGAAGCUUACGAAAUUUUGGACACUGAAACGAGUUCAAAGCCUCAGGUAACAUGUAAUGAAAAGGGUCGGGAGACUAACAAUUCAGAUCAUCGUGAGAAUGGUGAUCAGGGUUCAGAAAGUGAAGACAAUGACAGCUCAGAAUAUGAAGAUGAGUGCGAAGAUCCUGGCAAAGAAACUGUUAAACAAGUUGAACAAUUCUCUCAGUCAUACAGAUCACCUCACACAAGAAGUGCUUCAUCAAGCUCAAAAAGCAGCUCUGGAUCAAAUGAGGGAAGUGUUUGUUCAAGUUACAAAAGCAGCAAAAGAUCAUCAUCAAGUCGCAGCAGAAGCAGCAGCAGCAGCGGAUCCAAUCGCGUUUCUUCUUCUGCUUCAAGCAGUAGAAAAUCAAGUGAAGAAAGUAUUUCUUUUGACCUAAAAGAAAACAUGGAAUCCUUAACGAGAAGCAACACAAAGGGAUCAAGGAAUGGAAGUUUUACUGCUGAUCAGAGCGAACACUUCUCGUUUAGGCGCAAUGACAGCAUUGACAGUGUGGGAUCACAUGGUAGAAGUGAGUGUCUAGAGCAAUGCUACAGCAUAGGAUCAUCACAAGAUGGAAUAAUUUCUUCACACUGAUAACAAACAAAAUAUUUUAUAUCUCCAUGAAGUCAUCAUAGUUGGACUUGGUAUUUUCUACUAAGCCAUGUCAGAUCUUUUACCUUCACUAAAAGAAAAUCAACACACAUUCUUUAUUUAAGAAAAACAAUUUACAAUGGUUGGUUGGUACGUACCUCUUUGAGCUACUUUGGUCGAGGGAGAAGGCUUCAUGAUGAGGUUCUCUUCUAGUAUUCAUUUUGAUGGUUUUUGAAUCCAUGGAUUUUUGUAUGUUCUUUUAUUGAAAGAAAGAGAAAAAUUAUAAGCUUAGAAAGCAGCACUUAUAUAUUUUUUAAUUCCUUGUAAUCAUAAGAGUUUGUAUGACUACUACCCUAAGAACUAUGCCAGAGAGACUAGACAAAGAAAUGCACAAGGUAGUAUGGUGUGACUCCUUGAAGGAAUGGGCUUCUUGUCUUUUUUAUUUUAUUUUAGCAUAUUGUGAAUAUUUUAUGAUCAUUGUGUAUUAGUUGAUGAAUUGGGUACUUAUUCCAUGGAUUAAUUGCUGAAAUUUUCCAUGUGAAUCAAAGCUAGAUAUAUUCAUAAUUUUCAGAAAUAAAAAGGUGAUGACAAAUUAUCAUGUCC